CCAUGUUUCCCGUCGUCUCGACGGGGUAAUGGACCACAUAUGGUGCGCGGACCGGUAUAUCAAUAGUGGCGAUUUUUGUACAUCAUGGUUCUGUAGAAAUAUUUAAGCUGGGGAUUUAUGUAUUUGUUUUUGUUUCGCACAUAGUGGUUCCAACUAGCAUAAAACAGCCUUUUAUUUGAGUAAAUCCAGAGGUGAAUCAACAACCAUGACAUCACUGGGCAGCAGCAGCAGUUCCUCAACUACAGAGUACACUGUACGAGUCCCCAAAAACACCAGCAAGAAGUACAACAUAAUGGCAUUCAAUUCAGGGGACAGAGUCAAUUGUUCAGCCUGGACACAGGCUCGCAUGGAAAGAGACAUGAGUGCCAGGCGGAUAUACGGGGAGGAGGAGACCACGGAGAGUGGUGCAGGCAGCGAGUUUGGGAAAAAACAGCGUGAGGAAGCUCGGCGAAAAAAGUUUGGCAUUGUAACUCGCGAGUUCAAAGUGGAGGAUCAGCCAUGGAUCCUAAAGGUCAAUGGCAAGGCUGGUAAAAGAUUCAAAGGUAUAAAGAAGGGUGGUGUUACAGAAAAUGCAUCCUACUACAUCUUUACGCAGUGUCCUGAUGGAGCUUUUGAGGCCUUUCCUGUUCACGGGUGGUACAACUUUAUGCCGCUUGCAAAACACCGAACUUUGACAGCAGAAGAAGCUGAGGAGGAGUGGGGCAGGCGCAACAAGGUGGUCAAUCACUUCAGCAUCAUGCUUCAAAGACGUCUUCGGGAGCAGGAGCGUGGUGAAGAAGACGAAGACGAAGCAGAUAAAUCUGGGAAGAAGAAAAAAAAGGGGGGUGGGAGAGGGGGAGACCUGCGCAUUCACGAUCUGGAAGAUGAUCUGGAGAUGAGCAGUGAUGACAGUGACAGCAGCAUGGGAGAAGAUGGAGAAAGCAAGACAAAGGUGAAGAAAGAUGCAGGGAAAGGGAAAGGAAAGAAAAAAAAGCGAAAGAGCAAUGAAAAAGAGGCCCUGGAAGACAGCGAUGAUGGUGACUACGAAGGUCUAGAAGUGGAUUAUAUGUCAGAUGAAAGCAGCUCAGAUGAAGAGCCAGCCAAGGAAAAGCCCACUAAAGAAGAGGAGCAUCCUAAAGGAAUCGAUGAAGCAUCUGAGAGUGAAGAAGAGAGUGAGGAGGAGAAACAGAAUGAAGAUGAAACAAAGGAAGAGGAAGAAGAGGAAGAAGGAAAGAAAACCCCAGUUCAAAUGGAAAAGAAGAAGAAAAAAGACAGUAGCGGCGAAUCGGACAGCUCGGAUGACAGCGACAUUGAAGGAGAGAUGCCCUCCGCUCUAUUCAUGGUGAAGAAGCGCACACCUCCUAAACGUCCAGGUGGUCGUGGCUCUGCAGGCAGCUCCAGAACUGGCAGUCGUCCGGGAACACCAUCCAUAGAUUCUGCCUCCACCUCCAACACACUGCGUGCUGCGGCCAGCAAGCUAGAGCAAGGUAAGAGACAGAUUCAGGGUCCCAGCAAUGACUCACCAGCUGCCAAAAGACUGAAGAUGGAGCCCAGGUCUCAGAGCCCUGUUCCCUCUGGGAAGAGCACACCGCAGCCUCCAUCAGGCAAAUCCACCCCUAGCUCAAGUGAUGUGCAGCUAACAGAGGAAGCAGUCCGCCGCUACCUGAUCCGUAAACCGAUGACCACCAAAGACUUACUGAAGAAGUUCCAGACCAAGCGCACUGGUUUAAGCAGUGAGCAGACUGUCAACGUGCUGGCGCAGAUCCUGAAGCGCCUCAACCCAGAGCGCAAGAACAUCAAUGACAAAAUGCACUUCUACCUCACAGAGUAAGCAGGGGCAGAGAGAGAUGAGGUGGAGGAGCUGAUAAAUAACCCCAUAUGGUGACAUGGUUUGAUCCUUUUCCCAGCUUUGAAGAGGGACUUUAAAUGCUCGCACUGUGGUGUAGCACAGCACCAGAGGUGCUAGCUGUGGUCACGGAGAGCAACUAUCGGACUGUUUUGUUGAGCAUUCUGAAUUUGGUUUUCAUUAUCUGAACUCACACUCACUAACUAAAUCCAUCUAAAGCUCUGGAUGGAUUCUCAGUACAUGUGUGAACACUUAAACACAACUUGAUUGAAAAUAGUCUUUAGCUUGUUUUUGUUAAGUAGAAAAAAUUUUAAUAAAGUUUAAUCUGA